CAACCUUUGUAUCUUCUUCUUCUUCUCCAUCCAUCACCUAAUUUCUUAUAAACAUCCUUUGUUUUCACAUUCCUCUUUUAUUCCUUCUCUUCUUCCUCAUUUAUAUCAAUGGUGAUCAAAUACAAUCGAUGAGUAAUUUGCUGUUUAUGGAGAUAGAGAAACCGGGACACGUGUUGUAAACGAAAAGUAGUGGAGGAGCAUUUAAGUAUAGCCAAUAAACGAGCUACUGAGCUGUUUGAGGUGCUUCAUCUCUGCAACAGAGAGAGAGAGAGAGCAAUAACUCUGUUCUCGAUUUGACCCACAACAACACAUUCAAGACACAAAGAUCCAAGAACCCUCCCACAUGGCCUUAUAAUUCAUACACAUCUUCUUUUUGUUAAACGAUCGCUCUCUCUUUUCAAAAAAAGAAGAAGAAACUUUCUUUGUUGUCUGUCACUGAAGAAGAAGAAAGAUGAAGGAAUCAAGAUUUGUCUUCACUUUGGCUGUCAUAGUCCUCUCUGUCUCACUAGUUUCUUCUGAGAUGGAGUUGGGUUUGGAGGAUUACAAUAUUCCAGUAGAUCCAACUCCAACAACAAAACAUUCGGUUAGAGGAGGUCCUAUUGAGCACGGAAGCCCUCUCAAUCCUUAUAUUCCCAAGCUUCCUCCUCCUCCUCCUCCACAACCUCAAGACGCUCAUUGAAUGCCUAAUCUUUUCUCUGUAAUCCACGUGAAGAAAAGAAAAAGAAUGCCUAAUCUUUUCUCUGUAAUGUUGAUUUUCAUGAUCUACGUACUGUUUCUUAGAACUUCCCACGGCUUUUUACUGGUUUGGUUUUAAUUUCUCUGCUUCAGACAGAACCACAUUGUAAUAACUUUAAUAUUUUCUACUCGCUAUGCUAAUUAGUUCUGCA